AUGAUUGGAAGACCUCCAAGAACUAGAAAUGAAAGAUAGUAAAAUCCUUAAAUGAAUGAAGAUUAAUUGAAAAUGGAACUUCAAAUGUAAGCAGAAAAUAAAAAGAGAGAAUUAAGAAUGCAGCAACUCUAAGAAAAAGAAGAAAAUUUAAAAUAAUUAGAAUAUGCAGGACAGGAUGUUGAGUCAUUCAGAAAUAAGGUAUAUGCAGAAUAUCAGGAUGUUAUUCCUCAGUAAUCUAAAGCUGAGUAAGAACGUGCUGCUCGAAUUAAAUUAAGAGAAGAGGAAAGAUUGAGAAGAAAGAAUGGCUUAGGAAGUGCUUAUGAAUAAGAAAAGGAAAGAUUGCCUGUCUAAUUGGAAUAAAAGCUUCUACAAAAUUUGAAUCAGAUAAAUAUUAAUUAAAAUGCAGAUUGGUUAGAUAAGUAAUAAGUUGUUUCAAAUCAACAAAAUAACAAUUACCAUCAUUAGCAAUAACCGGUUGCCAAUUAUUAUCCUGAUCAAGUCUAUGGGGGAAGAUAAAUAUAAUAGUCGUAACUUAAUAAUUAAAUGAAGAAUGAUUCAUACAAAUAACAAGACAAAUAAAGUUAUGAGCCACGUUAUUAACCAUCACCCUAAAUGAAUAAUAAUAGUAAUUAUUAGAAAAAUAAAAUUAAUGAGGCAGCAGAAUAAGAAAGGGAAAAAAAAAGAAAAUAUAAGGAACAAUUAGAUAUGUAGAUUAGUUAGAAAGGUUAAUAAAAUUAAUAGCAAAUUUAAAACUAAUAGGGACUGUAACAAUAUUAGUAAUAAUAAAAUCUUUAGUACUAAUAAUAAUAAUAAUAAUAAUAAUACAAACCACAUUCACAAUAAAGUUAGAGAUAACCAUAACCAUAACCAGAAGCAGAUUUCUUUUCUAAAUUCGGAUAGCCCUAAUCCUAGUAAGGUUGGAGAUAAUAAUAAUAAUAAUAAUAAUAAUAAUAAAAUUAGGAUAAUGCUGCAUUGUAAAGAAUGAAGUAUAGAGAAGAACUCGAUCGUUAAAUUUAGGAAAAAAAAAAUAGAGAAAUGGAAUAAUAACAAUUAAAAAAUCAACAGGAUUUUGCCAAAAGGCCAGCCAGUAAUCCAACAAACGUCUUUGAUUUUCCAUAAGAAUAUGACUAUAGAAAUAAUCCUCCUCCUCAAUCUCCUAAUUAUUAUUAGCCACCAUAAUCUGCACCUUCUGAUGAUUAGUCAAAAGGAAGAUUCCUGUAAAGAAGAUUCACUAGUGGAUAACCUGAAGAUCCACAAAAAUAAGCUAUAAAAGAAUAAUAUGCAGAAGAAUUAAAAAGAUAAAUGGAGGAAAAAAAAAGAAAGAAAAAAGAAGAGGAAGAGGAAAAUAGAAGAAGGGACGAAUUAGAAUAAUAAUAAUAUUAAUAAUAAGUUAUGCUUGAGAAAAAAAGAUAGGAGGAAUAGGUUAAAUAAAAGUAAGUUGAAUAAUUUGAUUAGUAAGUUUAAUAAAAAGAGGUAGGAAGGAGAGGAAAGUAGAAUAUAUAAAACGAGCAACCUCAAUAAGACAUUAUUAAGAAAUCUGCAUUGCAGAUUUUAUCUCCAGAAAGUGAUUUAUAAAGAGAAUAAUUAUCAUCUGUUUAAGAUCAAAGGCAUUAAUAAUAAUAAUAACAAUAAUAACAAUAUAUGUAACCAUAAAUGUAAUAGCCUCAAUAUUAAUAAUAUUCCUAGCUUUAGUAACAUGUUCAAUAAACACCUUAUUAACAUAAUCCUUAUCACCCUCCUAUGUCACCAUUGAUGAAUGUCUAUAAUCAAUUCCAUCCAUAGGAUAAUAUAUAACAAUAUUAAUAAGUGCUUUUCAAUGAUCAAAACACACACCAUCCACAGGCUGUUAUGGUUCAUUAAUAAUAUUUGAUGUAGCUCUAGCAAAAUAGAUAGGAAAUUGAUUUAGUUAGAUAGAUAUUAGAAGAAAAACUUAGAUUAUAAUAAAUAGAAAUGUAGAACCAAAUAUUAAUAGAUUAAUACUAAAGAAAAGUGAUGGACAUAUAAAGGGAGUAAAAAUUAUUUGAACAAGAAAUCCUUAAAUUACAAGACUUUAUUCAAGGAAAAUAAAAGCGUCCUUUGGAUCCAACUGUCUUUGCUUCUAGCGUCUUUUUUAAUGCCUUAGGUAAAAAAGAUAAUCAAAAUUUAUCUCCUCAUUAAUAAUAGUUAGCAAACAUAUAACCAAUCAAAAUAUCUCCUUUCUAAUCCCCUACAGCAAAUUCAUAAGCUUAAUAGUUUUAGAAGUAAUUUAAAUAAUCUGAUAUUUCAUCUUAAUAUUCGCAUUAAUAUUAAGAAGUAAACUAGUUACAUCCUGAAAAGCAUUUAUAACCUUACUCCUAAUAAUAAUAAUAGUAAUAAUAAUUAUAAUAGUAAUAAUAAUAAUAAUAAUAAUAAUAAUAAUAAUAAUAAUAGCAAUAAUUCUAGUAAUAAAAUUAUAAACCUAAAGGAAUUACAGAAUCAAUGAUUGAUAAUGAUGUUGAAUUGCCAGGGGAAUCUGAGUAUGUGCACUAUACUGAAGAAUAAUUAGGAAAGAGUUUUAUGCCAGAAUUAAGAGAAUUGAAAUUAAAAACACAACAGUCUCAAAAUUUCAAAUAACCAGAAAAUGCAAAAACAUCAUAGUCUUAAUAAUUCAAGACUCUGCAAUCUUAAAAUUUUUCAAAUAAUGACUUUCAGUAGCAUUUGUAAUAAAAAUCAUCUAUCACAGAUGAAAGUUGCGAAUUACCCACAAAUGCAAUUUAAAAGUCAAUUCCUCCUUAAUUAAGUAGGGUUUAGGCAAGCCAAAAUAUGCAAGACCAUUAUUAAGAUGAAGAAAUGGAUGAAUCAAAUUAAAAUUCAGAUGAAGAAAAUUAUGAUCAAAAAGAUUUUGAACCUGAAGAAGAGGAAGUUAAUGAAUAAGGUAUCGAUAAUCCCUUUGAUCAGAAAGAUGAAUAGGAUGAUUAAAAUGAGAAUUCAGAUAAAGAACAAUAUGAUAUUGAAAUUCCAAAUCCAUAGAAUUAUGAUUUAAAUAUGUUAAAGACCCAAGAAUAUUAUGCUAUGUUUGUCGAAAAUAUAAAGCCUUAAUCAAGACAGCAAGAACUGAAAUUCCCAACAAAAUUACUUCAACAAAAUACAUUAAAGUUGAAUAAUGAUACUAUAUAAUAAUCAAGUAUGUGUGAAUAGAGUGAAAUCAUUGAAAGUUAGUUAAAAUGCAACUAUGAAAAAUAAGGAGAUGUUGAGGAAGUUCAAAUGAGUUAGGCUUAGUUUUCUGUAUAUUAGUAAUCUAUGGCAAUACCAGAAGAUGAAGAACCCUCCUAGCCUACUGCAUCCUAGAAAGCACUCAGAAAUUCAAGUAGAAAAUAUUAAAAACCUAAAACAGUCGAUAUUUUUAAGAAUGAACAACCUAGAAACUCCAAUCCAUAAUCUCAAAAUUAAAUUCCUCAACUAUAAGAACAAUCUAGAUGUACAAACUAAUAAAUUCCAGAUUAAUCAAGAUGUACAAAUCUAUAGAUGCCUGAUUAAUCUCGUUGCACCAAUCAAAACCCUAUUGCUUCUCAAACCUUUCUGUACCAACCUAGAGUUGAAUUAGUUAAAUCAAGGUUAGAAAAUCUUUUUUAACAUACAAACGAAUUAAUGGCAGAUCUACCAAAAGUUAAAGUUGAAAAGAUAGUGGCUGUCGACGAUGAUGAAAUCAAAUCUUAUAAAAUUGAGGAGAAUUCUUAAUGGCAAUAACAAUUAGAUUUGUUUGCCUACGAAUAAAGCCAUAGUUGA